ACAAUGGUUUUGUGGUCAUCAGUGCAUUCUUAAUUCCAAUUUUUUUUAUUAUCGUUAAAUCACAUUCCACCACGCGCAGUCGCAGGCUUCGAACCCAGGUCCCCAGGACAUAAGCUGAGUUUCUGGAUUAAUUAUUUAGCCAUAUUACCACUGAGCCAUUGCUCUCCAAAAGAGAGAAAAUGUGGGGUGGUACAGAGUGUAAGGAAAAUCUGAAGUCAAAACAGCACAGCCAGGCAAAGUGGAAGAAAAUGUACCAAGUCUGUUGGCUUGUUUUCUUCUGUAACUUCAUUAUGUUCCAGUUUGUCAGUUUUUCUAUCCCUGGGCUGAAUGGCUUUCUGUGACAUGAAGUAUACACAACUCGUUAUUCUUUGUUUUUCCUCCCUUGUAUAGGUAUUGACACCUGAUGAGCUUAAGGCAGCAAAGGAAGCUGUUGCAUUUGGCUGCAUCAAAUAUGCUGACCUUUCUCAUAAUAGGACCAAUGACUAUAUCUUCUCCUUUGAUAAAAUGUUGGAUGACAGGGGAAACACAGCAGCCUAUUUGUUGUACGCCUUCACUAGAAUCAGAUCCAUAACCCGACUGGCAAACAUUGAUGAUGUAACCUUGCAGAAAGCAGCUAGAGAAACAACCAUCCUGCUAAAUCAUGACAAAGAAUGGAAGUUGGGUAAAUGCAUUCUGCGGUUCCCAGAAAUCAUUAACAAAAUCCUGGAUGACCUAUACCUACAUACCCUCUGCGACUACCUCUUUGAACUGGCCACAACCUUCACAGAGUUCUAUGACAACUGUUACUGUGUAGAGAAGGAUAGGCAAACUGGUGAUGUUAUAAAAGUGAACAUGUGGAGGAUGCUGCUGUGCGAUGCCACUGCUGCUGUCAUGGCAAAGAGUUUUGCUAUCCUGGGAAUCAAGCCUGUUGAGAAGAUGUAAUUUUGCUACAGUGACCACUGCUUUCAUAAUCUUUUGAUUCAAUUAUACAUCUUAAAUAAAAAGGUUACAGUAAAAAAACA